UAUCAAAACAAGAACGAACAACAAACCGGAGAAGAAAAUAACAACACUUCUUGAUAACAACAAGAAAGCAGAGGGACUAAUUAAGCAGAGGCAAGCCUGGCAAGCAAAAGGUGAUAAAAAAAGAAUUCAGCGGAGCGUUUGCAUUUGCAUACAAUCAAAACAUAAUUAAGAUAAUAUGUAAUGGCUCGAAGUCCUGCGGAUGGGAAAAAUCUGGAAAAUCUAAAAGCAAAUAAAACUGUCAUGGACCAGCAGAUAAAUGUAGCUCGGAGUGAGCUGAAAAACUUACGUCAGCAGAUUCAGUCGCUUGGACAUGUUCAUAAAAAAGAAAUGGAAAAAAUUAAGGACUUGCUGAAAGCUCCUGAAGUUUUCCUGCUCCAAGAACCGCCAAACUUGCUUGACGUCAGGACCAAAUCUGAGCAGCAACAACCCUCGUUAGAUCCAUCUCCUGCGGAACCACCAGACACUAUUUCGUUCCAGAUCAUCGGGCAUGUUUCUUCAUGGUUCACAGAGAAAAGAGGUACACCGAGGCAGCCAGGCGUCUGCAAAGAAAGCAUGGGAAAACUCACCCUGAAAAAGGAUCUAUUUACAAACCCGGAGCACACUCUGGACGGGCUGAACAAUUUUUCACACUUAUGGCUGAUUUUCCAUUUCCACAAAAAUUUAGCUACACAUGUUAAAGCUAAGGUUGCUCCUCCCCGACUUAAUGGAGAGCGAGUUGGGGUGUUCGGCACAAGAAGUCCUCACCGACCAUCACCUAUUGGACUCUCUCUUGUGAAGAUUGAGAACAUCGAAGGUGCAACAAUAUUAUUUUCUGGUGUAGACAUGGUUGACGGAACACCUGUGCUGGAUAUCAAGCCGUACAUCCCACACUAUGACAGCCCGUGGUGUUUGAGUCAAGAGGACGAUGAUGACGAGCCGACAGGAUCAGCAGGGCUCUACAGAGAGGUGGCAACUGGCAGUUCAAGCGACGAAGAGGCAAAUUACUUGUCUCCAAAAAAUAUCCCUGCUCCCAGCACUCCCAACAGAUCUGUGAGCUGUCGGGAAGAGCCCGACGGGGAAGAGGACUUGCCCGGUGCUGCUGCUGUUGGAGGCAAGCCGGUGGUGUGCACCCUGACACCUGCCAAGAACGAAACACAGCCCACCGUCAAGGUGCCCUCCUGGAUCGAACAACCCCCUGUGGUUCGAUUGAAUGUCAGAUUCAGUGAGAGGGCUGUUCUGCAGCUGGUAGAAAAUUGCCACGAUACAAAACACACAAUCUCAGCCAUCAGCAGUGUGUUACGAGAAGACCCUCGCUCUGUUUAUCUCCGCGAUCGAUGGGCAAAUCACUUUUACUCUUUCCUCAUCAAAGAUCUUAGCAUCAGUUGCAAGUUUGAUGACAGAGCUAAAAUUGUAACUGUUUUUCAAGUUAAACCCUCAAAAAAAUGUGAUCUUUGUGGAGAAAUGGAGUGGCAAUGUUCGAUUAAUGCAAAAUGUGAGUCAAAAAAAUAAAAAUCAGAUUUGCAAGGUGUUGUGAUAAGAAUUUAAACGCGCACAACAUAACUAUUGUACUACUUACAAUAUCAAAACGCAUAAAGUAAAUUGUAUCUUUGAAAGCUAAUAAAAAUAUCUAAAUUGAUUUAUGGAA